AUGAUAGCUCAUUUACUCCGCUCUCAUGAUGCACAAAAGGUUAGGUCUAUUGUACAAGCAAUUGCAAGUGACACGCAGCCUGUUACAAAUAUGAGAGUUUUAAAAUAUGCUGGAGAGGAUCGCAAAGAAGAAUGGCUUAAGCAUUGGAUGUCUGUUAUGUUUAAAGCAAUUGAAAAUCAACUUGCAAGUGUGGCAGGUGAUUAUUGUGUUGGCAAUGAAGUGACGCUUGCUGACGUCUGUUUAGUGCCACAAGUUUACAAUGCUUACAGAUUGGCUUCCCUUGUGAUAAUUAGAUUCAAUGUCGAUAUGACACCAUUCCCAAUUAUUAAAGGCAUUAGUGAACGAUUGCUUGAACUGGAGGCAUUUAAGAUGGCUCAUCCACAUAGACAAAUCGAUUGUCCUCCCGAGUUGAAAGAAAAAUAA